UAAAGCAACAUUGUGGAUUCCAACUACGGUGAAAGGUCACGAAAAGAAGAAGAAAGGAGGCGUUGCAUUCAUAUGAGCAGCAUAGCGUUUGCAGAUUGUUUGGCAGAUAAUCACGAAGACUUUGCUGGGGACAAAAAAAAAUAUCCGACGCCACUCGCUAGAACAUGUCCCUGUCCGGCUGGAUAUGUGUGGUCACAGGUGCAUCCAGAGGCAUUGGUAAAGGAAUCGCGCUGCAGCUUUCUGAGGCAGGCGCCACCGUCUACAUCACCGGACGUCAGGAGAAGACUCUUAAAGAAACCGCGACGCAGGUAAGCGAGAGGGGUGGAAAAUGUGUGCCAGUCAUCUGUGAUUCGACCAACGAUGGCGACAUCGAGAAGCUGUUUGAACGCAUAAAACUAGAACAGAGUGGUAAACUGGAUCUGCUGGUCAACAAUGCAUACGCUGGAGUACAGGCUAUCUUUGAGAACCAAGGGAAAAAGUUCUGGGAGACCGAUCCAUCUUUUUGGGAUACCAUCAACAACACAGGCCUGAGAAGCCAUUAUAUCUGCUCAGUGUAUGCGUCCCGAAUGAUGGUGGCUCGAGGUCAGGGUUUGAUCAUCAACAUUUCAUCCAUGGGAGGCUUGCGAUAUCUCUUCAAUGUGCCAUAUGGGGUUGGGAAAGCGGCAUGUGACCGAAUGGCAGUAGACAUGGCUAUGGAGCUUCGGAGCAGGGGCGUAGCAUCUGUCUGUCUGUGGCCGGGACCGGUGAAGACGGAGCUAAUAUCUCAGUUCGUGCUUGCACCGCAGGAAGUAGAUUCCAAGUAUAAGGAUUUAUUUGCCAAUGGAGAAACUACUGAAUUUAGCGGCCUGUGCAUUGUCAACCUCGCUAAAGAUAAAAACCUGAUGUCAUUGAGCGGAAAAAUUCUCUUGACCUGUGACCUGGCGAGGCGUUAUGGGAUCCAAGAUGUCGACGGGGGGGCUAUAAAAGACUUCACCUCCCUGAAGUUCCUGCUGACCAAAGUCCCAUAUAUCUCCUGGCUCUCAUCUUUUGUCCCUUCUUUCAUAAGAAUGCCACGCUUUCUGCUUCCCUUAGCAAGCAACCAUUUCUAGCCACAAGAAGAUGUGGCAUUGAAAACCUCUUUGUGACUACUUUUUAAUCCAAUCACCACAAGUGUCUGUUUAAAUGAAAGACUCCGGGAAGUUUGAAUGGCUACUAUAGUGAAACCUUUAAAUUUGAAUUCAGUCCUUGUCGGGAACGCUGGUCAACCUCUAAUUUUUUUCAUAUGUUGAAAAAUUCUUCCUCGAAAAAAUUCUGGAAAGGGAUUCCAUCUGUUCAAGGGUCAAACAUUUGUUAAAUACAGUAGAGUUGUGGGCUGUGCAUUUGGUACCUGGACCUUCAGCGUGGACUUGACUGACUUAAUCCAACUCUUAAUACCACCACUCAUCAAUAUGAUAGAAACCACCACUGUGCCACAUACAGCACAUCCUCUAGAAUCAAUAUUUAUCUGAUAACAUGCCAAAAAAAAUGAAUAAAACAACCACCACCAUCAUACUCAGCAGAGUGUGCAGUUUGCUACAGAUCUUUUGAUAGUUGAACAAGUUUUGCUCUGACCAUCCAAUCAGAGGAUGGAAAAAAUGCUCAUGUUGUUGUGAGUCAGCUUAGCUGACCCUGUAAGGUGAAUUUGAAAUCUGAUUGGUUAGAGAAACAGUCUCAUUGCUAAAUAGAGUUUCUAUUACAUUGGCCAGCAAUACUGAUUCUAAAGGCCCUAGGCAGAUUAGAUCGACGUUGUUGCAUCAAGAGGCUGAAAUCGGAUUUGGAUCACAAAAACUAACCAUCGUACAGUCAAACAUGCAUCCUGGAAGCAGUCCAGUCAAGAUGCAAUGAAAUAAUGAGAAUGCAAUGAUUGGAGUAUGAGGGGGGAAAAAAACAAUGGAAGAAAUAGAAUUUAGUUUGUAAAUGUAGGUCAGUGUUUAGGCCCACAGAGAAGGCCUUGCUGGCCCUGAAGGCACACCACUGGUUAAAUAUUUUACAAGUUUAAAAAAUAAAUAAAAUUAAGUUUGGGAUUUUUGUGCAACUUUAGAGGCAGCUUUUUGGUUGGACUCUGGUGAAUUUAGAGGUUCCACUAUUUAUUAUGAUUAUACUAUUUUAGUUGUAAGAAUGUAAAAUUGUAUUUGAGAUAUAUAUAUAUAUGAAGCUGCUUUGUCUGAUUUGAUGUGGAUGCAGCUGAGGUGUAUUUUUGAUAAAAUGUUAAAAGUAUACAUAUUUGUAUUACUGUGUAAUAAGUGUUGCUUCUAUACAGUCCAGUAUGCUACCAAUGUAUCUUGAUAAAUAAAGAAUAGGGGAAGGUACUGGUUUGUGUGUCUCAUUCAAAACAAGAAAGGUAACAUUUAAUAUUACCACAUCCCUAAAAUAUGAAGACUCAAAUCUUAGCUUUUCAUGUUCACCCAAUGUUCGUGUCAGUUUUCUCCGGGUACUCCAACUUCCUUCCACCUGAAAACAUACAUGUUGGGUUAGUUGAAGACUUUAAAUUGUCCAAGGGCGUAACAUGAGUGUAAAUGUUUUUUUUCGUCCAUGUGCGCUCUUAGAUUAGCAGGCGAUCACUCCAAGGUUUAUCAUGCCCUGUUGCCCAAUGUCAGUCAAUGGGAUACGCUCCAGUUCACCUGCAAACCUAAUGAGGACAAGUGGUAUAGAAAAUGGAUGGAUGGAUCAGUCAACUGCUGCGAUUGCUAACCAAACCAGCAGGACCUACCAAAAAACACUCGGAUUAAAGUGUGGAACCUGAUCAACUUCCACUUGGAUCUUGAAAAUAAGUGAUAAUUAAAGACCACAGAUCUUAUGCUUUUUGGAAAGGGUAUUUUGGUAACUCAUGGGUGGCUGUGGCUCAGUUAGUAGAGCGGGUUGUCCAGUGGUUCCCGGCUACGACUGUCCGCAUGUCGACGUGUCCUUGGGCAAGACACUGAACUCUUAAUUUGCUCCCAGUGGGCCCGGCAGCGCCUCGCAUGGCAGCAGUCGCCCAUUGGUGUAUGAAUGUGUGGGUGACUGUGAGCGCUUUGAGCACUGCGAUGGUGGAGAUGAAGUGCUAUAUAAGUGCAGUCCGUUUACCAUUUCAUGAUCUGAUGGCCUCCGUGCAGAUGACUUUUUCUCUAUAAUAGUCAUUUAAUUUAUUACUCCAGUUUCACUUGAUGUAAUCGACUGGGCUGGGCCUGUAUAUUGCACAGAUUAAUUCUAUAGCACUUAUGCUUGCUGGGUGUCUGGGUGUGCUGGAGCCCAUACAGCUAGCUGACUUGGAGUGAGAAGCCGGUGCAGUGCACAUCGCAGGGCACGUGGAGACAAACAACCAUUUGCACUUACAUGCACACCUAAGGAAAAUUCGGUUUUAACAUGCAUGUUUCUGGAUUACGAGGGGAAGCCGGAGUACCUGGAGAAAACCCGCGUGCAUCUGUUUUUAUGUUUCAGGGAACUACUCCCCUUCACAUUAUUCGCAGCACACUGUAUUUUCUCUACAACAGUCCAGUUUCACUUGAAUGUAUUGCAUUGCACUGCACCAUCAUUAUAUACUGAUGAAUACUUCAAAACACACCAUGUCAGUAAAAAGGGGAAACACGGUGCAGUGCAGCGUUUCAGACACUAGUGGUCGGUGGGGGUAUAAAUGAUUGUCUACGCAAAUAAAAUCUCUGAAUCGUAAAUAGUAUGUGGCCCAGAUCUGAUGGGGGCGCGCAACGUGGUUGACGUUAAAAAAUAAAUAAAAAAAAGUGUCGAGGCCACUGGCCGGGAUUUGUUGUACAGACGCUUCCUCCCACCAAUGUGAAGCCUUCCCCGGCAGACUGGCACACCCACCGCGCCGAGGCCGUGACAGUCAGUUGGGCCUUGUUGGGCUUCCUGGUCCGCAGCUCCGCCUCGCCUCGCCUCGAUCCGGCCGGACACUGGGAACACUUCUCAACAGAACAAAAGCGGCGAUCGCGACGGAACACCGCUCACUUGGAACUAAAAGACGGCGAAACGGCGGGCGAGAGCAAGUCCGACAAACUUGCGUUCCUCGGCCGGUAAUCCGACGCGGUGCUCGGUUAAAUAAGACCAGGGUCAAGCCGCCAGACGGACGGGCAUUGUGUCCAGUCUUCUUCCAAACUUCGGCCAUUUAGAGCCGCCUCUCACCAAACGGAAACUGGGCUUUUGCUUCGUCUUUGUCUAUUCGCUCACACGGAGCCCCGGGACGACGGAUCCUUUUGGCCGUUCACAGGCUUCUGCUGCUCAGUUUGCCUUUGUGAAGUGGCUCUACUUGUCUUGGAAGUGGAACAAAGCUCAACAAGAAAAGGGU